ACGCUCUCAGUAUCAUGGAGAAUUGGUACUAAAUUUUCUUCUUCUCUUUGUUUGUGGUGUUGUAUCCGUCACAAGUUCUGGCCUAUGCUGGGUAUAAGUUGAUUGUGGCUUGUAUGUCACAAAGAGCAGGCAGCUUAAGCUUGCACCUGCCUUUCACUGCAUUGCUCUCUCUAUUGACCAGCCAUAGUGGGGUGAAACACGGCCAUCAGGCGCGUCGCGGUUGCCCGUCUAUGCGCCGGAUUAAUAUGAACCGCGCUUCCGGCUGCAGUUCUCCAUCUGCUGUGGCGCCAGCUGUGGCGGUGCGCUCCAAGCCUCGUGCUUGCUGCCUCACCCCACCAGAAGGUACCUACUAAUGUAUUGCGUACCUGUGCUGGAGUUGCAGGGAAGCUGGAUGCGUAGGCCCAGUGUUUGC